CUUUAUCAUAUUAUAAAUACAAGAUCCUUCACUUUUAUUCUCUUCAUCUAUAUCAAGAUAAUUUCUUUCAGUUUUUCUCUUUUGUAAUCUUUUAAGAUUCUGUAUCUGUAAUAUUCAAAUGGAGCUUCAUAUUCUACCAAUCCUCACCUUUCUUUCUGUUGCUCUUGUGGUUUGUCAGGCAGCUUUACCACCUGAAAUUUAUUGGAAGAAAAUGUUGCCAAAUACUGACAUGCCAAAAGCUGUCAAGAUUUCAUUGCCUAAGCCUGAAUAUAUGGAAGACAAAAGCACAUCAGUAAACGUUGGAAAAGGUGGGGUCCAUGUCAUAACUGGUGGAGCCAAGCGAGGUGGAGGGACCAAUGUACAAGUUGGGCCUCACAAAGGGGUCAAUGUAAACACAGGAAAGCCCAAUGGAGGCCACACAAAUGUCAAUGUUGGCCCAAAAAGUGGGGUUGGAGUACACACAGGGAAGCCCGGAGGAGGUCACACAGAUGUUCAUGUCGGCCCAAAAGGGGGAGUAGGAGUAUCUACUGGGAAACCAGGAAAAGGAGGAGCCCAUGUAGGUGUUGGGAAAGGAGGAGUUGUAGUUAGAGCAGGGCCCAAAAAGAAGCCUGUUUUUGUUGGAGUACAUCCUGGCCCAAAUCCUUUUGGGUACAAUUAUGCAGCUUCUGAGGCCCAACUUAAUGAUGAUCCAACUCGUGCUUUAUUUUUUCUAGAAAAAGACAUGAAAACUGGAAACUCAAUGAACUUGCACUUCACUUCAACCAUAAAUGCAGCCACUUUUCUCCCAAGAGAGGUUGCAAAAUCGCUAGAUUUUUCUUCUGAUAAAAUCUCGGCGAUUUUGAAAGAGUUUUCGAUUACGCCGAAUUCCGAAGAAGCCAAGAUGAUUGAGGAAACAAUCAAAGAAUGUGAGGCUAAAGGCAUCCAAGGCGAGCAAAAGCAUUGUGCAACUUCUUUAGAAUCUAUGAUUGAUUACGCAAAAAACACCCUAGGAAAGAAUGUUAAAGCCAUGUCUACAGAGGCUAAAAACAUCGACGACAAGGUCCAAAAGUACACAAUUACAAACGUACAAAAGGUGGACAAAGACAAUAAAAUCGCGGUAUGUCAUAAGCAAAAGUAUGCGUACGCUGUGUUUUAUUGUCACAAAGCCAAGGCUACGUCCGCAUAUAUGGUGUCUUUGAUGGGUGUAGAUGGAUCAAAGGGUAAAGCAAUGGCUGUUUGUCACAAAGAUACAAGUGCUUGGAACCCAAAACACUUGGCUUUCCAAGUUCUUAAUGUGAAGCCUGGAGAUGUUCCUAUAUGCCAUUUCUUGCCUGAGGAUCACAUCGUAUGGGUUUCCAAUUAGAAUUAUGGUGUGAGAUAGUAGUUUUAUGUUCUUGGUGUGGUUUAAGGAGUCUUAAUACUUGUGUUGUUCUCUCUUGUGUUUGUUCUGUUUUUAUUUUGCCUGUACUAUAAGUAUCUUACAUGCAUGUUUAUAAUGUAUGGUUGAUAAUCAGUUGUUAUAAGAAAUACAUAUAUCAUAGUCAUAUAUCAUUGUUAUUAUA